GCAGAUAAAGCAGAAGAACCAGUUAUUAAUCAAGCGAAAGCUGUUUUCGGGGGGAUGCUGCGUGGCAGCAGUUCUAAGGCAAACAAAAUGCCACCAGGAAACGAAGGUUCUAAAUUAACCAAAACAUUAUUAGUAGCGCAAAGGCCUAAAUUAACCAAAGAUGAUAAUAAGCAGAAUGAGUUAUCUUCACCGCUGGUUCAACCACCUGCAAAAAGGCAGAAAGCUCUCUCAUCUGCCAACGAGGAAGAGGAAUCUGAUGAUGAGGAAAUGUCACACACAUCUCGAUUAUUCCAAGUCUCUGGGAACACAUGCGAUUCUUCAUCUAUGAGCUUGGUUAGACAAGAGUCUACUUGCACGGAAUUGAUGUUCCAUGAUUUUAAUUAUGCUGUGAAUUUUUUGGACCAAAAAAUCAAUUCAUUGUAUCAAUUAUGUCAGUUCAUAAUAAAUAAACAAAAAGAAACAUCAGAUGAUAUAAAAAAACUAAUUGUACUUGAUGAUCUUUCUGAUGAUUUCUGGAGAAAAGUAUACAAGGAAGUCACAAAGCAACUAAUUCCAGCAACUCUAUACCCUUCUCUUAAAGAAUAUAGAGUUGCAUUGGAAAGAUAUUUGGAAGAACAUGCAGAUCAUUUUAUUAAUACUAUUGGGAGGAGUGCUUGGAUCUCCUCAAAAAUAAAUGCCGAAAUAAAAGAAAUGACAUAG